AUGUUCCAGCCGCGCAGAACAUUUCACCACGAGGAAUUGAAAGCCUUGUUCCACCAUGCCCGCAUCAUCGUUGGCAAGACGAAUGGCGUUGCUCGCGUCUCCGGGCCGACUUGGAUCAUUGGAGACAUCCAUGGAGAUUUCAACACCCUCGCUCGUAUAUUCGCCGCCUACUCGGAAAAGGCGUCGCCAGGCCAAAAUAUCGUGUUCCUUGGCAAUAUCGUCGAUCGUGGCAAACGCCAGUUGAUGUCUGUCGUGCUGAUAGUCGCCGGUUUGGUGCUCUAUCCCGAUAGGAUCUUCUACGUGUCCGGCAAUCACGAACUGCCACAUGUCCACUACGCCUAUGAUUUUUGUCUGGAACUGAUUGAUGAGGAAUACACCGAGUCGUGCUGCCAGCAGAUUCGAGCCAUGUUCGCCAGCCUGCCCAUUUUGGCCCUGAUCGACAACCGCAUACUGGCCAUGCACGGGGGCAUCGGCCCAGAAUUGACACGCGAGACGGUCGAUGCAGGAUUCCAGCCGAGCGACGACAUGCACGAUGAUCUGCGCAUCGCCGUUCUCUGGAGCGACCCCAAUCAUCAGGCCAAAAAGUAUGCUUGGAACCGCGUGCGUGAGACUGGCUAUUUCUACGGCGAGGAGGCGAUCGAAGAAAUCCGCCGUGAGCUCGGCAUUAAAUUCAUCGUCCGGGCCCAUCAAAUGAUGAACACCGGCGUGCAGUUUUUUGGCGACUGGUUGAUCUCCAUCUUCACGUCGACGUGGAGGAAGCCGGAAAAUAACCCCCUGUCGGCGGAUGAGCAGACCCUGCUUCGCGCGAAUACCAGAGAGGGCAUGCACUUCAGGAAUAAAAUCAUUCGGGAUGAGGAGCCGAACCCGGAGAUUGGCGGUAUCUUGGCGUACGACGGUAACAAUCGAUUGUCGAUGAUCCACUUCAUCCCCACCAAAUACACCUACAACACACACGCCGACUUCGCGAAAGCAUUUGAGCGCAAAGCGGCAACGGAUCUGGCCUUUUCGGAGAAUAUCUGCAACAGGCCCGAAUGGCGCACGGCGCCCUCCUCACGUUCUCAUAAUGAUGCGACGGCUUCCCGGACUCCAGACGCCCCGGACGACGUCAAGGACAGUUUAUCGACCGCGCCUCCUCCGACGAAA